GCAGGGAUGACCACGGAGGAUUCCUUCGACGAGAGGGGCUGCCACUGCGAUGUUACGGUGGAGGAUCUGUCGGCUCCGCUCAAGGCCGUCAUCAGAGCUGUCAGGAUCAUGAAGUUUCACGUUGCAAAGAAGAAGUUCAAGGAGACGUUGCGUCCCUACGACGUGAAGGACGUCAUCGAGCAGUACUCUGCGGGACACUUGGACAUGCUCUGUCGCAUCAAGAGCCUUCAGACCAGACUUGACAAAGUAGUGGGUCCCCCUGCGAGGCCCUUCAGCAGCCGCGCCAAGACCUUUUCUGCUCCUUCCCUGCAUUUAUAUUACAGCCAAGCGCGGAGGAAACAGACUGCGCCGGGGGUGGAUCAGAUCCUGGGAAAAGGCCAGAUUCCUGUGGAUAAGAAGAUGAGGGAUAAACUGAACCCGGAUGGGGACUCUCUGGAGGGCAUGAGCAUGCUGGGACGUGUCUGUAAGGUGGAGAGACAGGUGACUUCCAUCGAAUCAAAGUUGGAUUCGUUGCUGGACGUCUACCGCCAAGUUCUGCAGAAAGGUUCCUCGGCCCUCACCCUCUCCUCCCUGCCCCUGUUCGAGCUGAACCGGCACCACAACUUGGACUACCAGAACUCCAUCAUCGGCAGGGACCUCCCCUCCCCGCAGGGAGUCGACCCCGUUCGAGGCGGAGGAGAUAACAAUGGGGGCAUACGCCGUUCCCAUAGCGGCAACCCCAGAGGCCUGCGGCUCAUCCUGGCACCCGCCGAUGAUGACGCACCCCCGGACUCAGCACCUCCAUCUUACCCCCCCUCCACGGCCUCACUCUCUCCGUCACCACUGCUGCCACCUGAUAGCCCAUACCCAACCUUGGUCACACCCAAUGGCAGCUCCAAAAGAGCACACUUCCCCGACCUGCCGCCCCCACCUCCCUCAACUGGAGGCUUCACCCUCCAGCUGCCCCCCAUGGCUCACCCCUCUCACCUGCGAUGUUCCGCUGACUCUGUCCCAGAUGAUGUGUCAGUUGAAGUGACGGCAGACAAAGAGAGCCUGGGCCCGUCUGUUGUGGUGGGAUCCGACGUGGAUGCUGACCAGGAGGAGGACAGUGAGGCCGGCUCUGCCCGGGGGAGGGUGCAGCUGAGGGAGAAGCCUGGCUUGAAAUCUGAGGGGGUGUGGAGGAGGCACAUGAGCCUGGAGGUGAACCCCCUGCUGCUGCUCUCGUCGAGCCCAGACGGGAGAUCUUCAGACUGGGAAGGCAGUCUGGGGAAAUCCCUCUCCGCGCAUAACCUCAGCCAGCCUUUGAGCAGCCGUGCCUCUGGUCUCUCCUCAGCACUCAACAACAGCAGCAGCAGCAACGGUAGCGAGCGGGGCAAUGCCCACCAUGAUGAACUUAGCAACUGGGACGGAACUGAAUUCUUCAUUAGUGAGUGCAAGCUGGAGCCUGCAGGAGAACAUUUCAACUUCCUGUCCCAGGGACCUGACAGCAGCCCCUCCGACCUUUUACAGACUGUGGACGAUGCUGCACCGCACCCCAAGGGAAAUUCAGAUUUUCUCAGUCAGUCUCCACACAUACAGCUGGCAUAACCACACACACACAUACACACACACACACACACACACACACUGACACUGUAUGCACAUGAUUGUGAGAUUAAUUACGUGUGGACAUUGUUUUUAUAUUUUGUCCAACAUGAUCAUGUCCACUUUCAUACACAUUCUAUCAGGUUAUAAACCGUAUUAUAUACAUUUAUGGGGUUCUAACAGUAACAUUAACAAAGAGGAAACAAUAAUAGUCUAAUAAAAGUAUGUGUAGAAUAUGAAUGCAAGUGGACAAACUCAUGUAGGACAAAAUACACAAACGGUUCACAAAUGCUCGUGACUUUUCUAUUAAAGAAAUAGAUUUGCUCUUUAUCUAAAGAUAUGGAAAAUCAACUACAUACGAAAAAGAUAAAAAAAUAAUAUUUUUCAUAUUCAAAAUCUUAUACAAAAAAGAUCUUAUUUAAGUUUGACCUGACAUUCACGAAAUUGACAUUCAAGAAAUUAAGUGUGGAUACAGAUCGAAUCAUUUGGAGCCAGAGUCUGUGCAGCAGUGUGGAGUCUCAGACGUAAAUCAUGACCUUAAAUGACAGAAACCAUCUUUGGUAAUAACAAAUUUGAAUGCGGACAAUUCAUUUCUAUUGGUCCAUGUCCCGUCCACUAACAUGGAGUGUAUCUAAUAAUCUGAGUUCAGUUUUUGGGGCUUGUCAUGUCGUCCAAUUCUAUAUAUAGUCAGUGUUUGCGAGCCACAAAAGUGGGAUGUUAUUUAAACAUGAAAUAGCUUCUGCAAAUCAUGUCGACCACUUCUUUCUUGAAAACAGUACACACACACACACACACACACACACACACA